AUGGAACAACGUUUCGCCUUUGACCUGGGCAAAGGUCAAGAACGACCCCAGGCUGUCCUGACCCAGGAGCCUGCAUGGACACAGAUAUAUGAAUCAGAGAGUGUUACACUGAGAUGUCAGGUUCAGGGGGGUUACACUGACUGGAGAUUCACAUGGUACAAAGAUGGGAGGAAUGCUCCAGUAACCCAGGAUUACUACAGCAGUAUAUAUGGUGACAGAUUCAGAAUUAGCUCUGCUACUGGAGACCACAGUGGGGAAUAUACCUGUAAAGGUGAAAGGACAGGUAACCCAUCGUACUCUAAAACAAGCGAUGCUCUUACACUGAGAGUAUCAGUGGACACUCCGAAGCCUGUCCUGACCCGGGAGCCUGCAGGAGAGAUAUUUGAAGGAGACACAGUCACCCUGAGCUGUGUGGUUGAGGGGGGCUCUGGUGGCUGGAGAUAUCUCUGGUACAAAGACAGGCAGGGAGCUCCAGUGUACCAGACUGACAGCAGCAGUGGAACUGGAGCCGGAUACACAAUCAGUGCUGCUGCUCUGUCCCACAGUGGAGAGUACUGGUGUGGAGCUGGACGGGGCAGGAACACGUCUUAUUUACAAUACAGUGAUCCGAUCUGGGUAAAUGUAACAUCUCUGUUCUCCAGGGUGACUCUGACAGCAUCUCCAGGAGCCUCAGUGAAGGAGGGAGAGGCUCUUAACCUGACCUGUGAGGCAGCAGUGAACAAAACCCCCCGCCCUCAACUCCACUACACCAUUGUGAGAGACGGGGAGCCUGUGACUAACAGCACUGACUCUGCACUGUACAGCAUAGCCAGCACUGAGAAGAGCCACACUGGGAGCUACACGUGUGCUGUGGAGUCUCAGGGAGUGAAGAAGAGCAGCCAGGAGCUACACAUUGAACUACAAACGUCCUGGCACAGCGCUGUUGCUAUUGGCUACAGAGUGAGCUUCACUCUGAUUCAUUUCACUGUGUUCACUCUGCUGCUCCUUCAAUACUGCAGGAUCCAAGGUUCCCUGUGUCUCGCUGGUGGUAAAUCAAGGAAAACCUCGGAUCAGGAUCAGGAGCAGUCAGCAGAGGGGAUUGAGCUCUCCAGCCGUGUGCAGCACACUGGAGUGGAACUGGAAUAGUGCUGCAUUACCAUGGACUGGAGUGGAACUGGAAUAGAGCUGCAUUACCAGAGACUGGAGUGGAACUGGAAUAGUGCUGCAUUACCAUAGCCACUCUGAAUGACUGCAGGAAACCAGAAAAGAAGACUAAAAUGUCACUUAAAGCUGCUGACCCUGAAUGAA